AUGAAUACCAACAGUUCUCGUGAAGAUGUUUCCAGUGAGUUGACAUUCACCUUAGAGGAAUGGGCCCGAUCAAAUGGGAUAAACACUCACGAAUUGAAGGAUAAAUUUACUAAUAUCUCGCCGAGAGAUGAACGGAUAAUCGCGUUAAUCCUUAAUCGUCCGGUAAUUUCUUGCUACAUGGAAAGAGUUGAAGCUGCCUGGGCUAAUCGUGAUUCCCCUGAUGCGAACAAUUAUUUUAAAAAUGAUUCCAAGGCCAAAGAAUAUCGUCUUCAAGGUGAUGAACAUUUUACCGGUAAACGUUAUCAUGAUGCUCUCUAUUGUUAUAAUCAAGCUUUAAGAUUUGCUAAUUUUGAACGAAAUGUUUCCAGUGAAGGAAAUGAAUUGAUUUUAACUUAUAUUGCUCGUUCUGGUUUACUAUUUGACUGUGAACAAUGGCCUCAAGCAAUUGCCGAUAUUAAAAUGGCUCUUAAAUAUGGUUGCCCGAGAGUAGAGUUAGAUGAACGUAGGAAACAAUGUGAAGCUAAAUUAGCUCAAGAGAAACAAUUAGCUGAAUCAUCAGGAAUAAGUAAAAGUGGUGAAGGUAAAUCAGCCGAGGAUGAAAUUGUCUCAGAAUUGGCUGGACUUGGGAUUGGUUCGUCAUCGACAUCGACAUCGACAACGACAAACGAAAUGCCAAUGGAAGAACCCGAACCAACCAUUAGAGUUAUUAACACCAAAAUGCCCGCUGUGUCCAUCAAGGUUACCGAGACUGUAGAUCCCAAAAGGGGCAGAGGAUUAAAGACAAUUGAUAAAGUACAAUUUGGUGAAAUAUUGGCAAAAGAAUCACCUUAUGCUCAUACAUUAUUUAUUGAUUGUUUCGGUGAUUAUUGUCAAUCUUGUUGUAAACCUUUGGAUGGACACACUAUCCCUUGUCCUGGAUGUUCAAUUGUUCAAUAUUGUUCCCGUGACUGUAAGAAAGCAGAUAAAGUUCACUGGAAAUACACUUGUCACCCUCAAUUACCUCAUAUUUAUGAUCCAUUGAUUCAAUUAAUGUUACGAAUAAUUUGUAAAUCAUUUAUGCCCGAAGUACGAUCACCACUACAAGUUAAAUCAAAAUCUUCUUCAUCUAAAUCACAACCAUCAACAUCUAAAACAUCACCAAACAAUCAAGGUGUGGUCAUACCUAAAUUAGGAAUUUUAAUUCCUCACAUUUUCCUUCAUUAUCAUCGACUUUUGGUUAAUAAGAUAUUCCUAGUUGAUCAAAUGGAACCAAUUACUUUGAAUACUUCACCAGUUUCGGUUGACGAACGUGGUGAGAAAAUUGGUCUCGCUAUUUAUCCGACUUUGGCUUUAAUUAAUCACGAAUGUGUACCUAAUGUUUUCCUCUUUUUCCAUGGACCUAAAGCGAUUAUUCGAGCCUCCAGAACAAUCGAACCUGAAAAAGAAUUGUCUCUAUGCUAUGGUCCAAGUUUCGCUUCGGACACUUACAAAGAUCGACAACGAAAAUUGUUUGAUUGGUAUUAUUUUAAUUGCGAAUGCGAAGUUUGUUCAACCAAAUCAACAUCAUUCCAAAUUUGUUACAAAUGUCCAAAGUGUUCAAAAGCAUUGGUGGUUAAUGAAGAUGAAACAAAUGAAUGUACUAAUUGUGAUUCAAUCAACAUCCUUGAGCCAAAUGUGUUUAAUUUGAUUACCGAGACAAUUAAUGAAAUGAAUCGAGGACGAAGUUUAUUUGAAAAAGGUGAAUUAGAAGAGGCAGUUAAAAUUUUAUCUAAAUGUUACAAUCAAAUGGACGAUCAUCUUUAUCGAUCUAACUGUAAUCUAAUUAGAUCUCGAACUUAUCUUGCCGAUUGUUUAACGGCCAUGGGUCAUCAUAGAAUGGCCUCUAAAUUGACCGCUGUUAAUGUUAACGUUACCGGUGAAAUUUGUGGAUGGGAAUCGGUUGAUUAUGUUUGUGUAAUGAUAACUUAUCUUAGCUUAAUGUACAAAGAUCUUGUUGAUAUUUGGGAUGAAGGUGAUGCAGAAACAAUUACAAGUAGAUCCAAUCAAAUUAUCUGUUUAAUUGAUGAACAAAUUGAAAGGAUUAAUCGAUUAACUCGAUUAGUUGAUCCAAGUGCUAAUCCAUCAACUGUAUUCAAUCAAGAGAUCAAUAGUCUCAAUGGAAUUAAGGAACAAACUCAACGAAUUUUAUCGCAAAUUGAAACUAAUCAAUAA